GGUAGACAAAUACCUUCUAAAGGCCUACAUAUCGGAAUUUUCCAUGAACCAUUUGGUCGUACCAUCUGAGGGAGAGGUAAAUGAAGAGAUGAAUGAGUCAGUGGAAGCUGACCUGGAGCACUCGGAGGUAGAAGAGGAACAACAGUAUGUGAUUUGCUACUCAAGGCACAGAAACAGCUGCCAAGGGAUACUGUCUGGGGAGGAAGAGGUGCUAGCUCGAUCAGCCAGCACUGAGAGCGGCUUCCACAAUCACAUGGAUGCCGCAGAAGGCGAUGUUAUAGCUACAGCAGAGGAUGGCUAUGAUGUAGAUAGAGCUCAGGAGAAUGAGGAUGAGAGUACAUAUGCAGUGCAGUACAGGCCUGAAUCUGAGGAGUACAUAGAAAAUGCUGAGGCAGAGCAUACUGAGGCCAUUCAUAAUCAAACGCUGCCUGAUCACGUACGUUUCCAUUCAAUCGAACAUGAGGAAGCCAUGAAUGCAGCAUACUCGGGUUAUGUCUAUGCUCACCAGCCCUUCCACCAAGGAGAGGAUGAGCGGUAUGCCGAGCCCUAUGCUGACUAUAGGCUGCAGGAGCAUGUGUAUGAGGAGAUAGGGGAUGUGCCAGACCUUAAUGUCAGGGAGGGGCUUCAGCUCUAUGAGCGGGAAAGGGAGGAAGCUGACAACUAUCGAACGGAAGCUCUUGGUGCCCGCCUUCAUCAUUAUGAUGAGCGAUCUGAUGGAGAGUCUGACAGCCCUGAGAAGGAGGCAGAGUUUGCGCCAUAUCCAAGAAUGGACAGCUACGAACAAGAGGAAGAUAUUGAUCACAUUGUGGCAGAGGUGAAACAGAGCAUGAGCUCUCAGAGCUUGGACAAGGCUGCUGAAGAUAUGCCAGAGGCAGAACAGAGUUUGGAGCACGCUCAUGCCCUCCCUGGCAGGGGACACAAAAGCAAUGGUCAACUGUUAGCUAGUUCUAGAGCCACAGCCAACUCAGGAGAGUUGAUACAGAGGUACAGCAAGGAAAAAAGGGAUGCGAUAUCACUGGCCAUCAAAGAUAUUAAAGAGGCUAUUGAGGAAGUGAAGACAAGGACUGUUCGUUCUCCUUAUACCCCUGAUGAACCAAAAGAACCUAUUUGGGUGAUGAGGCAGGACAUUAGCCCAACCAGGGACUGUGAUGAUCAGAGGCCGAUAGAUGGAGGUUCUCUAUCUCCUGAUUCCUCUUCACCCUGGGGUGCUGAAUCAAGUAGGCAACAUCAUCAGGAUGUCUGCAGUACAGCAGAGCCCUCCACUAAUAAAGAGUUCAGAAAAAGCUUGGCUUCAUUCCCAACAUAUGUCGAAGUUCCUGGACCUUGUGAUCCUGAAGACUUAAUUGAUGGAAUCAUUUUUGCUGCCAAUUACCUUGGCUCCACUCAACUCCUUUCUGACAAAACUCCCUCCAAGAACGUGAGAAUGAUGCAGGCACAAGAGGCUGUCAGCAGAAUCAAGGUCAUUGUGAACUGGAAACUGGCUGACCUGAGUGAUUGGCACCUGCAGGAGUUUGCUCUUGUGGUUUGUUGA